AUGGGUCAAAAGUCAACCAAGGAACCCAAGCCCUCCGACACCUCGGCCGCCACGAACACCACGACCGCCACUAACGCCUCCGACACAGAUGGCAGGAAAGACUCAGAGGGUGCUCGCACCUCCAUCGACAGCUCCUUCAAGGCUGUAGAGCCUGGCGAGAGCGCUGGCUACUCCAGCAGAGACUCAUCGGACAGCUCUAGCAGCAACGUGUCCGGUGGCAGUGGCACAUACAGCAACAACUCUGGCACAUCCACUGUCAAGAAGUAG